AGUUUUCUGUAGAAACCGGUAUAAGCUCAUACUUCCAAAGACAACUGGAUCAAAAAUUAUCACUUUCCUAUAAACCAUGGACGUUAAGAAGGAAGAAGAUGUUGAGGAUCCGAUUGUUGAAGAACGAAAUGUUUAUUUGAACAAACAGUUAAUGAUGUAUUUGCUUCGCUUCCCUCUACGUCCUGCAAAUUCAGAUAUGACUUCAUUCUGUUCUGCAAAGAUUAAACCGAAACAAAGAGAAGUUGAACUAGAAUCCCGCUUAGAAGAAAAUUCUCAUUAUUCAAAAACGAAGGCUGCUGAAAUAGCAUGCAAUAGCAACAUGGAUGCAGACAUAAGAAGAAUUGCUCUUUCCAGCUCUAUUACUAAUGCGAACGAAGGGAGCUAUGCCGUUGCUUUUAUAUCUUCAGAUGGAAAUUUUAAUUUGUGCCCAGUAACAAGUAUUUUAGAAAUGAGGCCAUCACUUAAUUACUUAGAUUCUGAAAGGCGUUCUAAAGAUGAAGUAAUAACAAAUGACACAGAAGAGAAAGUAUCUGUCCAUUAUGCUCGAAAAGAAUCGGAUGCAGCAAAAGCCAAGCGCCUAGCUUCAUAUGAUUACCAUAUGAAAAACAAAGCCAAAGAGAGAUGGAUUAGUCUUGAUUAUAGAAAAGCAGAUAGUCGUCAAGCAGUUGCUGAACGUUCGCUCCUUGUAAGAGAAAUGGGAGAUAAUUUUCAGUCUCAGUCUUUAGAAUGGUUAGAUACAACACCUGAUGAAUAUGCUAAAAAAUUAUUACCCGCUGUUGAGGAAGAAGUGGAGUCACACACGCCCUUACCUUAUCAUAUGCUUUCACUCUCGCAGCUAAGAACUCGGCCAUUAUUAGAUCAGGUCAAACAAUUAUUGCGUCAGGCCAAGGUUAUGAAAUUUUCUCAGUUACAGACAUUAGUGGGAGGUUGUUCUGAUUCUUCUACGCUUCUAUGGCAAGUUCAGCAAGUUGGUUUGCUGAUCCAAGGUUGUUGGGUGUUAAAAUCAGAAAUUUUAUAUGAUGAAAGUCAAAAACACUUAGUAAGUCCCCGAGAUUUCGUUCUUUGGAAAUUUGUGCAAUCUAGAGAUAUUCUUCGAAAAGAUCUAGCUCAAGCAUUAAAGAUUUCUCCAGACCAAUUAAAAAAUGUUUUAUUGACAGUGGCUAGAUCAAAAGGUGUAACUAGGCAUUGGGAAUUCUUAAUGGAUACAGAUAAAGACUUUAUAGAUAAUCAUCCUGAGACUGUCCAUAAACAGCAGCGACAAUGGAUUGCUAAACAGCAGGAAUUACAAAAGAUUCUGAACAUUGACCUCACAACAAAUCAAAAACGAAGGCGUCAAAGUUCAACUAGAAUAGAUGAUGAUACAAAGUCUCCUAAAGUAAGGAGCCGUCACACCAGUGGAAAGUCACAGGAAUCUCCAGCUAUUGAUGCGAAAAGCCUAAAUGAUAAAUUAACUGAGGUUGAUCGGGAAAAGAGCCUACAAUCUUUCAUUAAAAUCCUUAUGACGAAUCAUCACGUCCUAUCACUAACCGAGAUCCGCCGGCAGUUAAAUAUGAAAUUAGCUCAACUGGAUGCAGGACAUCCUCUGACUUGUGUUUCUGAGGUUGAGUUAGAAGAAGCUGUAACCAAAGCAGGGUCAAAAAAAUUUGGUCAAGUUUUUGUCAUGAUGGAAUAUGGUGACGGUUUAGACAUUAUUAGACAAUGCGUCUUAGAUAAAAUGAAUAAAGAUUUCAAAGUUCGGAUAGGUCUAGUAAAAGAGCGUGUUGAAGAAGUUACAGGCAAACCCGCAAAUGAAGCUGAAUGUAAAAGAAUUCUGAAAGAUAUGUGCAGUAGCAGGGGUUCAUUAUGGGUUUUAAAAAAUUCUGUUAGUUCUUGA